CAUCAAAAAAAUUGAACGUAAUAAUCUUAGCCUCAACACCACAUAUAUAGAGAGCCAGCAUCUCAAAAACAGAGAUUCAAAAAAUAUAUAAAAAUACAUCAUAAAUCCUCUCAGGUUAGAUGACAGAAGGAGAGGAAUAUUGUCUAGCGAGGAUGUCAGUAGAUCCUUUCAUGGCCAUGAAGAAGAGCAAUUACAAUAAGAACAAUCAGAGAAGGUUUAGUGACGAGCAGAUCAAAUCACUUGAGAUGAUGUUCGAGUCUGAGACAAAGCUUGAGCCAAGGAAGAAGGUUCAGUUAGCCAGAGAGCUUGGCUUGCAGCCCAGGCAAGUGGCCAUAUGGUUUCAGAACAAGAGGGCUCGUUGGAAAUCGAAGCAGCUCGAGACAGAGUUCAACAUUCUCAAACAAAACUAUAACGACUUGGCUUCUCAGUUUGAGUCACUCAAGAAAGAAAAGCAAGCUUUAGUCUCUGAGUUGCAUAGACUAAACGAAGAGGUGCAAAAAACGCACGAAGAGAAAAGACUAUGUUGUGGUGAUCAAGCAGCGGUGGUGGCUCUAAGCAGCACAGAUCAUGAAUCAGAAAACGAAGAGAACACAAGGCGUGAACAGGAGGAGGAGGUUAGGCCAGAGAUGGAAGUGUGUGAGAAGGGUGAUGAUGGGGUUCUGUGUGGUCAUCAUAAUGAUGAUUAUGAUGAUGGUGGGUACAAUAACGACAUCAAGAGAGAGUAUUUUGGUGGGUUUGGGGAAGAAGCAGAUCACCUGAUGAACAUUGUGGAGCCAGCUGAUAGUUGCUUAACAUCAUCUGAUGACUGGGGAGGUUUCAAAUCAAAUGCUAAUCUCUUGGACCAAUCCAGCAGCAAUUGCCCAUGGUGGGAUUUUUGGUCAUGAAAAAAGCGAUAGCUUAGUCUUUUGAGCUCAAAUAUCAUAUGGUUUUUGUCUGUAUAAAUUGUGUUAGAAAGAGUAGUAUAUUCUCCCAGUUAGUCUUUGUAAUUCUGUAUUAAGUAGUAGUAUUAAGUAAUUAUCAUGCUUUGUAGCUAAGUAGUAAGUUUAAGACUUGAUUUGGAUGAAUAAUGGAUCAAAGGCAGAGAAUCAUUAUAUAAUAAUAUAUAGUUUGUGCAUCAAGA